UCCCUAUUAGUAGGAGAGCAGAACAUUCAAGACGUCUAACAGACGGUGGCUCGCAUAUCGAAGCAUGAGGAAUCCCGAAAUGGCAUCGAUUUUCCAACUUUGUGCAAUAUACCGGAAGAGGGUCGAAAGGGUCGAACGGAUCUUUUUUGUUUGCUUUCCCCCCUCAGUAGUGGGCCACUGCUUUCGUUUUAGGUCGUGUGUUUAUGCGGCCCCAGACGGAUUGAUUGAAACCGUGAUACCGAUCAGAAAACAUCAUCGUCAGCUGGGCGGGUGGCUCCAAAGGUCUGGUGGAAAAAGUUCCAUGCUCCAAUCUUCCUUCUCCGUCAGCCAACGCUCUAGCUUCAAGGAGAGGAUUAGCUGAGAUGUUGAAAUAACAUUUUGCAGGACCUGGGGACCUGCAAGGGGACCAGCAAUCGGUGCGGAAGGUGUGAAAUUAUAAAAUCAUUCGAGAUUCUUGCUUUAGCUUGCAGUUUAUGAGCACUCGUUUAGAUGCAAAACAUGCGGCAUUACUUUGUUGCAUUGAAUUGCCGGUCGCCAUGAUAGUAGGCUGGAAGAUAGAGGAUGAUUGUUUAUUUCUCGAAUAACGUUUGCAGUUUUGUUGCAAAUCAAAGUAGGCUAUUUUUCGCAUCGGUUCUGGCGCUCACUAAACGAAAGCCCUAAAUGAGCAAAAAUGGAAGGGUAGAAGGAACCGGGAAGUUUACCGGAAAAGAACAUUCUUUGCCUCCUCCUGCUUCCCGCUGUUGGUUGAGAUGGAUUGUUCUAGCACUUUUGCCCUGAACGCCAUCCCACACCACGACAAUUCUCCUUUGCGUGUAUGCGGUCCCUCUCCAGUGGAAAACUCUCCCCCGGUUAGAACUCGGUUUGCGUAUAGUUGUGUGUGAAAUCAUCAGUAGCCAAUGUUAGUAUGAGUAUGUGAGGAAAAAAGUACACAGAGAGACAGAGUGGACGAGAGGGAUGCGGGGAAAUGCAUUUUCCCGACCCCCGUUAUUACAUAACAGCUGAUCUCGUGCAUAACACUCGAUACACUCGCUCACACUCGCUUGCCGGCUUUCCAUCUCUCUCGCUUUCUCUGCGCUUUUCGCAACCUGAACACACGCUCAUCUCGAUCUCUCUCUCUUUUUCCACUCCAUACACACACAUACACACAGAAGCACACACGUUCUUGAGAGAGAGCACGUUGACUUUUCCGGCAUAACAGAGGAUAGGGAAAAGGGAUGGGAGAUAAGUUUUCCACCAUCGUAGUCGCCCUGGUGGUGGUGGUGGUGCUAGUGACUUUUCAUAUGGUCAAUGUUUUCCUCAACCAUAGCAGCGCCAGUGCCGGAGAAAAUGCGUUUAUUGUCAUUCGGUGUGUUACCGUUACCGUGCGGAAAGGCUUGUUCCCGUUGCAUUGCAAGAGUUACAGCUAGAGUUUGCGUGUAUGUGUGUGUGUGAAAGUUAACCUGAUAGUAGUCUAGAAUUUAGCCUGGAGUGUCCCAUCGAACCAACUCGAAAGCCCACAUUUAAAGCCGUGUGGAAACAGCAACAAAAAACAGUGUAUUAUCCUCCAGUCCAGACCCCACCGACGAGACAUCGAGCCCUCCUUACCAACGACGUUUGAAUGGUGCUAUCCGAACGCGAUCGUAACACCCGCACAGCUCCUUUAAGAUAGCACCAAAUUAUCAGAACAGUGCCAGCUGGAACUGGGCGAUCCAUCGGAGCCAAGAAGAGGUUGGUGAGCAGCUGGGAAGAAACGAAACGAAGUCCACCAGCACCAUCUUCAUCGGGAAAUCCUUCUCUCGAUGGCGAAGGGCGCAAAAAGGAAGACCAAAUGGGUGUCCUUGUCGCUGGCCAACGCAAACACAAAGACCUCCAAUGCGGCCGGCUCGGAUAGUGAACAGGCGUUGCCCCAUCAGACGCAAAACUAUGGUGAAGGAUACCGCAACAAAAUGCUCAACGGUAGCAGUUUAGCUUCAAAACCUAGCAAAGAUUUGACAGCUAGAGCUGAUGCAGUAGUAGUAGAGCACGUCGUAAAUGAACGCACACAACAGGAACACCAGAGUGGUAAUCGAACCGAUACCAGUACCGGUAGCGAUUGUGUAGCGGGAUCGGAGCGACGCCCUGCUGGUAGCUACCACAGACGUCGGCCACCUCCAUAUAACACGCGAACCAAUUGGAGUGGAGGAGUUUCCACAGGAUCUGGUAAUGGUCGAAAUCAUUACCAUCGAAACGGUUACUACGGAAACGGCGGUAACGGGCACUACGGCACGGGGAAAAGGUCUCACUACGAUAACUACACCAGGCGACAGCAAACUACGGCCAGCAGAACGACCUCCGGAGAAGGAGGAGAGACAGGAGGAACUACAAUUAACGACGACGAGUACACCCGUAUAACAACCCCGCGACAGGAUGUACUGUUCAAGAAGGGAUAUCUCUCCCGUCCGAAGCCUUCUGUCGCGACUGCCAGUACGUCAAACACCGGUUCCAGCUCACUAGCCGGUACCACAAGCGAGGGUAGCGAUGGAGGAAACGGUGGCAGUAACAGCAUUUCCACGACCGAAUCCAUAACAUCGGAGUAUGGUGGAUCGUAUGCGGCAGAUGGCAGCCAGCUGUUAGACUAUUCCUUCCCGUGUAUUCCGUGCGGGUACUUUACCGAGAAUGGCGUACUGGUGAUGAAUGGUUUUGCGGUAGAUAACAAUGGCUUUUCGUACUUUAACGGUGGCCAGACGUACAUCUAUCCACCGAACUACAACAACUGCCAACAGUCACCGACGGCGACCACGACAACCACAGGGGACCAAACGACGGAUUCGAAUAUGCUCUACGCAAACGAUGACACAAAUGACGAAACUAAUGCGAAUGAAUCGACCGAUAUAGACGGUUCCACGGCGGACCAUUCGACACCCGUCAUAGAUACCGAAUCAGUGCCAGUAUAUAACGAAACCGGCGGUGACACCGCUGGCAAUGGUCAAUUUUUCUCGAACGAUGGCCUUUCCUCGAUGGAACAAGUUCCCCUGUGCGAAGUGGUUCCGGAGCAGGUCAUUCCGAACGGUUCCGAUCAGCUGGUCGGAGAACUAGUGCCUGGUGACGCGGAAAAUGAAACGGCGGCUUCCACCUGCGUGCAGGACUUCUCGGAGAAUGGUUAUUUCCCAUACACAAAUGGGUAUGAUUUUGCACAGUUCUACAACUCGCUCUGCUAUCCUGGCUGGUUGAUGGAUCAGCAGUACCGCUUGUAUGAUGACGCUGGUCUUCCAUUAUACUGCGGCUCAGAGUACGCUAUGACAAAUGAAGAGACCUAUGGACAUCAGUCGAGCUUUAAGAAGCGUAAAAAGCGAUUCCGCAUGUUUGAAGAGAUGCCAUCCGUAAAUGGCAACUCCUUUGACUUUGGAGAUACUACAUCCAUUACGGUGGACGAAUCCAACACUACUGGUAGCGGUGAUGCUACCGAAUGCGUGCCAGAAAACCUUCCUUCUAACGAUGUGUGUCGUCAGUCGUAUCAACUGAAUGCUGAAGUUCAAGAGUUUCAACCUAACGCAGCAGCGAUCAUCCCAAAUCCCAGCACCACUAAAGCUAGCAAUGUCCGUGAAACUGCUGACAACAUGAAUAAUAACGCCAAGAGCCACACUCUGGCGAAAAAUCGGCAUCAAGCAGCACCAAAACUUCCAAAAUCUUCGUCCAAUACAAUGUCUGCCGGAGUUGUUGCUCAAACUGCAGACAAUGCGCCAAACGUAGGUCCAGUGGCAGCUAGUGCAAAGCCCACAACAAGCAAAGCUAACCGGAAGAAGGACCUUAUCGAAUCCACGCUAGCCUUUGCCGCCCAGAACAUUGAUCUCACGCGUCCGAAAGUGGCCGCUUCGCAGGCACAGUCACACGAUAGCGAACUGUUCUGGACGACCAUCGAUCGAAAUGGCCGAAAGAAGCGAAUUGCAUCGGUUCCGGACCAGGAACCGGCCACUGCCAUUGAAACGGAGAAGGAAUCUUCUAGAGAAGAAAGAACGAACGAGAAGUCAACGGUUGGAGAUACGCAACGGUUGGAUGUAACGUUGCAGCGAACGGAGGCACCGACCGUGUUAGAUAACCAGCCAUUGCCCGUCCCGAACGACGUUGGCACGGAUUAUAGUGGUAAAAAGGAGCCACAAACAAAGAAUAAGAAAAAGACAAAUAAGCACAAAAGACAACAACAGCUGCGCAAGUCGGUGGGUAACUUUAAUAAGCAGCCGCUGGAAGGAUUUCAGCUGAUCGAACCUGAGUUUACCUCGUCUGGGGCUGGCCAUCGUCGGGGCAGGAGCAGUGAUAAGGCUGGACGUGUUGAACCGGCAGCUCAGAAAGCUCUCAGUGCAGUUGUGGAGAGCGUCCAGGACAGCAGCAACAAAGAGACAUCUUUUACGGUGAACUUGGAGCAAAGCGCAUGUCAGGUCGCAGAAGAGCAACCAGAAAUUAUGGCCGAGAAAAUGAAUUGUGAUAAAUCAAGCAAUGGCGGGUCUUCGCAAGUUCUGCCUUCGGAGCACGACAUUGAGGUUGAAAAGGUUCAAGAGGAGGUUGUUGCUCCACAAAUGGUGCCACCACUGGCCUCUACUUCUGCGUUGGGAGAAGAAACUAAUCUUAAUGAGACUGAGACUGAAAAUCAUCGCCAGCAACAAUUGACGACGUUGACAGUCGUCGAGGAAGCACAAACCGAAGAAGAACCGGAAGCUAAAGCCGCGGAAGGACAAGAUGAAACAGUCAUUGAAAAGACAAAUGAGGUGGAAAAUGAUAUCAAACAGGUUGUACAGACUGGAACUGUGUUAGAAAAUGGUGAUCUGGAGCAAGUUGGGAGAAAACAGGAUUCAAUGGAGCUUGUUUCUACACCGACAGAUCAAGAAUCAAGUAUGGAAGAGAACCCUGUGUUUGCCCACAAUGAAAUGGAAGUAAAUGAGGUUUUACCGCCUGUAAUCGAGGAGAAGCAGAUAGCGAACGUGCAACUGUCCGUCGAUACGCAUGCGUUUGUUGCUGCUGCUAAGCAGCUCGCAAUCAGCCCCAUCAGUCUCAACAGCCCGACAUUGCCAGCACUCGAAGAGGAUGAAGCGGAAGACCACGUGGAUGGGGCGGAUGAUGGCAUCGGAUCGGAAGGGGACGACAUGCGCACCAAACGGGGCAGUAUGUCGGGAGCCGGCUAUACGGAAAGCAUUGACUCGGGUCUGCAGAGUCCUGCGCCGUGUGGUGGAGUAGCCUCCCCAGAAACCUCUUCCAUGGUCAGCUCGAUCGAAAGCCAACCAGCCAAUGACUUGCCGGGAGUUAAUUCCACCCAGUCUGCCUUGUCCCAAGUGGUAGGCACAUGGCUCAUGAGCAAACUGCAAGUGCACGAACCGGAGGAGGUAUUUAUCUUGCCAAGCAACCCACUGCUGAUCCAGCGUCUCGAGCGGUUCCAUCAACUUCAGCGACGAGAGCGUCGCGAGCGACUUCGUGGAGCUGUAUCGUCUGAGUCUGAGGGAGAAGACGAGGAGUACGAUCUCGAAGAUGAGGAUGAUGAGGACGCGGACAGUGACUACAUGAGUGACGGCCAGGGUAGAAUCGACCGUACCCAGUCCGAUGACGCAACUAGCUCAAAUCCUGGUUCGCCCCUCAACUCUACGCAACAGCAGGGUGCUGGUUUGGUGCAGAAAACUCACCUUGAGGACGCACCAACUGGGUCACAGCUUGCAAACGAGAGCCAACGACCUGCGGUACAGCACAGUGAUAGUGGCAAUAUUGGAGCAAGCGUACAUCGCGCAGCUGAUUCGAAACGCUGCGUAAUCAUGUAGGGACUCGCGUAGAGCUAACGAGCUUCAUCUUCAUCUUAUAAAUAUUCUACAUCAUAAUCUGAGCAGCCAACCCUUCGAAACUCACACGCGGCCGCACGCAAACAGACACAUACAGAAACAUAUACGCCGCUCAUUGCCUUUUCCUUCAUGCUGAGAUAUUUCGUAAGAAGAGUUGAUAAGAUUUUCAUAAUCACACAAGUUAGGUUGUUAAAGACGCGGCACUCCCGCACACAGGGACAGUUUGGAAAAGACACAGCAGCAAAUGUUCCUACAACGAACACGCGGUCACCGUAUCACCGCUGCCGUCGUCUUUUUCGUAGAUUCAAUAUAACAAUACUGUUCGUGGAGGCGCACGUGUUGCGAACGGUUGAUAUAUUAUGCAUAAAUUAGUAUAUACUAUGGCACACUCGUACUAUAAUCGUACCGUUGCGUUAACGAUAAAAAGCCUGCUAAUUGUUGAUACAGCAAAAAAGAGAAGAAAAAAACGUUGAAAAAACGAAGCUCUAUUCGUUAAUAAGGCACACCCGGAGGUCUGCGUCCAACACGCGGCGAGCUAAUGGUUUCGUUUCGAUUGUUUUCUGCAUUCACUAGAGGUUUUGCUUUUUCUGUUCUGUCUUGUUUUCUAGAGGAAUGACUCCUUGCUGCCCCCUCGCUCGCUUACACUCGAUUACUCGCAUUGUUUGAAUGCACAUUGUUGAACGUAAUUCUUAUUAGAGAUAUAAUGAUUAACAGUAAAGAAACCACUAGCUGCAUAGCCCGGCAGAAGUAAGCAAUUUAUGAACGCUGCAGUUGCAGAAGUAAAUUUAACAAAAAAAU